UUCGCUUUGCAUGCUGGGACUGACUGUUCUGCUUCACAGUCAUGGCUUCCCGUGUCCUAGCCCGGUGUGUCCGCUUGCUCGCCCGGCCCUCGGCGAGGCUGUGUCCCGUAAAUGCUGCCGUGAGAGCAGCUGCUGCGCCGCUCCCGCUCAACCAGCGACCGUUCUCCAUCCUGUCCUGCAGCCAGCGAACGCGACAGACCGACCAAAUCCGGAUCCCCGGCUCUCUGGCGCAGCUGUGUCGACAGUAUGGGGACCUGCCGCCUCUGACGCUCGACUCCAUCAAGGAUCGGGUUAUGUAUGUCCUGAAGCUUUACGACAAGAUCAACCCAGAGAAACUCCAAGCCACGUCUCAUUUCAUGAAAGAUUUGGGUUUGGACAGCUUGGAUCAGGUGGAGAUUAUAAUGGCCAUGGAAGAUGAGUUUGGGUUCGAGAUCCCAGACGCAGAGGCAGAGAAGCUGAUGACGCCACAGGAGAUUGUGGAUUACAUUGCAGACAAGAAGGACGUGUACGAGUGACGGGACCUCCUUGUACAUACAGUAGGUAGGAGUGACCUUGUCCCCAUGUGACCCUGUGGGACCUGACAUGGAUGGUGUUUUUUUUUUUUUCUCAGUUUAGACUCAGACAUUUUCACAUGCAGUCUGUGAUGUUCAUGGCUUACAGUGUCAACUGCCUUGUUUUCUGUACACAAUGUAUUUAAUUACAGCAAGACCUAUGUGGAUUAAUGAGUUUGGAGAGAAAUAAGUAAAAAAAUAAAAUGUGAAACCCCCAACUUGACUGUUGAAGUCAUUUUAUCCUGCAGCCCCAUCUAGUGGCCAGGAAUUGUAACCUCCACCAUAUUUCAGACAGCUCACAUUUGUCUUCAUUUAGCAGUUACAAUUGUUGUUUAACUUGGGAAAAACAAAAGACUAAGUGAGUAUUGAGAGCUGAAAUAAACCUGCUUCCAUAAGGGGACAUGUCUGUGUUGUGUUAAUCUCAAGGCAGAUAUGGCUAUGUAUUGCAGUUGUCCCUGGCUAUUACCUCGUCCUGUCUGCAUCUUCCAUGCACACCUCUCCACCUUAGAACAGAAAUCAUCACACUUGACAUUUUCACCCAAAGCAGACUAUUUCUGUUGAUUUUUUAAAAUGUUUUUGAAGGGUUCAGCUUGUUUCAUUGUCUUCAUAUGUAAUGCAACCACCCAGACUUUGUAUGCCUUUCCACUUGUAAUGGACACUCAUGAAUUGUGUGUUAAGAGACAAGCCGCACAUCUUUAAUGUUUUGCAAUCAAGAUGUUGUCUUCACACGAUUCUUACCAGUUACCAGUAGAAACAUUUUUGGUUUAGUUUCUCCUGCGUGCAGCAUUGAAAGGGAUGUAUAGAAUUGCAAGACAUUAACAUUUGAUGGAGUCUUCAAAUCAUUGGCCAGUACUGCCAGCACAGGAAGAAACUAAGCAACGUUCAUCACUGCAACAAAACAUACUAUGUAGAAGCUGGCAUGGUAAUUGUAUGUAACAAAAACAAUAGAUUUUAAUGUGUUCAGCAUCAGCACAGAACAGUUCUCCUAUAGCACCUUGUUUUAUAUGCAAAGUGUGCCUCCAGAUGUGUAAGUGUAGAUGCUCUUGCUGAGUGGGAUCUAAUAAAUUGAGAGU